AUGACCUGUGGCACAGUAGAUUUCAUCGCCACUCAGGACUAUAUGGUUCGACCCCCGGUACCUCCAGUUUAUGUCUUCUGUUUCGAGAAGAGUUACACAGCAGUGUCCACGGGGUUGGUCCGUGUGGCAGCUACUGCUAUAAAGGACACUCUCCCGAGUCUACCUGAGCGGUCACAGAUCGCCCUCAUGACAUUUGAUGACAAGAGUGUGAGCAUCUUCGAUUUGCAGAGUGCGAAUGGUACGGAAUAUGUGAUUACUGAUGUGGACGAUCCCUUCCUACCUAAGCCCAUGGAUAGCCUUCUAGUGAACGUCUAUGAUGAUGCUGUUAAUGCCACUAUUAAUAACGUCCUCGACAGCCUCGCCGAGAUGAACCCUCCAUCAGUGGCCACUGACUGCUGCUGUGUCACAGCUGCAGUGAAAAUGGCCAACUUGGUCAUGCGUCAUCUCGGUGGCAAGCUGAGUAUCUUCUCGUGCACUAAGCCCAUUGAGCUCACACCUAGCAAGUUGAAGAAGGAAGAAAGGGCUCCUGGUAGUAGAGAGAUAGGGGUCUAUCCUGAGGGCCCCGAACGUGUGUUGCAGAUGCCUCGAGCAUGA